AAGUACCCUCUUUUUAUAUUGCACGCACACAGAGGCGCUUGUGUCACACACGCAUUAUAAACGUUAAGCAAACCAAUACACACGAGACUUUGGCAUUUCAAGAUGGUGGAGAAUAACAACGCGCGAGGCUGCUUACUAACUCGCUUACUAGGAGGUACGAGCAGCCGCCAGUGAGUCAGUAUUCCACAUCCGGAGAGCGAAAUCCACCGGAAUGUAAAUAAAAGCUACGCGAUACGUGGUGUCCCAUAACCGCUACCUUUGUCCUGGCGUUCCCAAAGACGAAGCCAAGCAGCCGCCGGCCGUGUCCCCUGUUUUUUUAAACGGAUUGUCUUUCUUUUUGUUUGUUGUGCUCUAGAAGAAGGGAAUUGGACAGAUCAGGCAGGAGAAGAACAUGGCCAAGUCCGUGUUAGGUUCGGACUCGAUGCCUAAAGCUGGUCGUGUCAACGAAGUAUGCAGGGAGUGGUUGGUACACGAAGAUGGAGCAUUGGCCUAUCGUCUUCAAGAUGAAGAAAUUAAAGAGCAUUAUACACACAAUAAAGUUCGAAAUGCCCAGGUGAGAGAAGACCUUCCUAAAGCACGAGUCGAACAAGAAAUAGAGAAAUUGAGAUACCAGUCUUACGUACAAGAGCAAGAAGAGAGAGAUGAACUGAUUGCAAGACAAAUUGCACUUUCGCUAGAACGAGAGGAACGAAUGAAAGAGAGAGAAUUACGAGAUCAAAUGAGAUUGCAGCUUCGCCUGGACGACGAAGCGGCUAGAUUAGAAGCUGAAAGUGAAAUACAGCGACGUAUUCAAGAAGAAAAAGACCAGGAAUUGGCAAGAAAAUUGCAAGAAGAAGAGGGUGAAGGUGCAGACACACAAGAUGGUGCAGUGAUGGAUGAGCAGUUGCUGCUGGAUCAUAAAAUUGCUAUGGAGGCACAAGAUGCCGAGUUAGCCCGAAUGCUACAAGAAAAAGAGCGAGCCAAGGCGAAACGAGCGCGAGAGCGAGCCAGGCAGAAAAAGUUGGAGCGCCAACAACAACAACAACAACAACAACAACAACAACAACAACAUCAACAGCAACAGCAACAGCAACAGCAACUCGAAGAAGAAAAACUCUCGACUGGCGGUAGUUUAGAAAGGCCACAGAGACCCGAUAAUCUAGACUUGAAGCCUGCUUUACCGAAGCAAAGGCAAAUACGCCAGCACAGUAGGCAACCCUCGGAUCCUGAAGAGAUCCGGAGCUAUCCCGACGAUACGGAGGAGUCCGCGUUGGAAUCGCAGUCCCGAAAUGUGGCCGCCAUGAUCGAUCCAACAUACAAUGGAAAUGCAUAUGCAAGCUCGUCAAAUGGCGGCUCUAGCGGAAGCUCCAAUGGCCUCAGUCCCACGUACCCUUCACCGUCCCAACAUGCUGAAGUCACUACGGAGGAUACCGCCUCCUGCUAUAUGCCUGUGCCGGGUACACGGCGAAAUCAUCUCGCGCAACAGCAUUCGCCGUCACAAAAUCAAGAUGAGAAGAACAAACGUCGUGUUAAAGACAGCUGCAGGCAGCAGUGAACAAUAAUCGAAUAAAACGACAAAAAUCUAAU